AUGGCGCACAUGUUGGAUGCGCGCUUGAUGUCCCGCACGUCCCCCGCGGCGUCCAGUCUCACGACCGCCGUCGCGCGCACCGCCAGCCGCCGCAAGUCGUCGCUCAGCGGUCCGUCCACGCACGACAGCAGCGCCACGACCGCCGCCAGCUCACCGCGCGCGCGACGGCCGUCUGCAGCCGCGCGCGUCCCGCCCAGCAACAGCAGUAGCAACAGCAACAACAACAACAACAGCAACAGCAACAACAACAGCAAUAGCCAAAACAGCGGUCCGACUGCCGCAACGUCGACGUCAAAGUUCCGCUCCUUGUCGCGGGGCCGACGGGGCGGCAGUCGCAGUCGGUCGUCGCGGCGCGAGACGAGCAAAGCGCUGGCCACGCCCAACCUCAUCGACCUCAAGACCAUCACGGCCGAAGAAGUCGAGUGGGAGGGCUACCUCUACAAGCAGCGCAAGCUCGUGAAGAACUGGACGCCGCGCUACAUCACGCUGCAGAACCGCGUGCUGUCGAUCUACAAGUCCAAGAACCACGCGCUGGCCAAGGAGCAGCACCGCGGGCGCUGGGUCAUCAAGCAGAUCCUGAGCUCGCUCCCGUCGGCCGGCUUUGGCGGCUCGAAGCUCAAGCCCGAAGAGCUCGGCUUCAGCUUCCUCGCUACGAACGGCAACAUGAUCCACUUUAUCGCGGCGUCGGCCGUCGAGAAGGCCAUGUGGAUGCACAUGAUGCACCUGAGUCUGCACAACCCCAAGCCGAAAGACGAGGCGCUCGUGACGCAUACGCGGCCACGGGGCGACGGGACGCCCACGCUGCGCUCGGCCGACGACGUCGUGUCGCUCGAGUCGUCCAUCACGACGCGCCUCGCGGAGAAGUUCCUCGCGGACCUCGUGCUCUUGUUGGCGGCAGCGUCGCCCGAGAGUGUCAUUGAGCGCCUGCCGUCGUUCCUGCGGCAGCUGAGCAAAGACGUGGAGCUCCUGUUCGACCUCGAGACGUGCGAGACGACGCAGCCGUCGUGCGUGUUCAAGGGCAUUUACCACGGCCGCGAAGGCUUUGUCCACUUUGCAGCGCUCUAUGCGAGCAAGUACUUGCUCGUGGCGGACGCGGACGACCGCCCGGCGCACCGAGCGGACGACGACGACCACCACGCGUUCGCCCACGCGGGCCAUUGUCUGGUCAACACCGUGUCGGGCUCCACGACAGUCGGGAAGUUUGGGCUGCUGAUCACGUUCACGCCGGCACGGCGCAUUUCGCGCGUCGUGCUGUCGUUCCGUCAACGCAACGCGUCGAGAACGCGCGCUCGUCGAGUCACGACGAAUCCCAUGGUCAUUGCCGAGCACGCUGCGUGUUUCCACCAGUACUGUCUCACGAAGCGGUCGCUGGCGCUGUCGUUCUCGGACUUUGAUGUCGUGGGCGUGCUGGGUCAGGGCGGCUUUGGCACUGUCGUGCUGGUGCAGCGCCACUUGAACCCCGACGAGUACUUUGCCAUCAAGAUCAUUGACAAACAGUCUGGCGCCGAGAGCGCGCUCAAGGAACGGCGCAUCUUGUCGGGCGUACGGCACCCGUUUCUCACGUGCUUGCGCUUUGCGUUUCAGACGCAGACAAAGCUGUACCUCGGAAUGGAUUACUACAAGGGCGGCAACUUGUAUUUGCACAUGCAUUCGUCGAAGAUGGACCCGAACGUGUCCACGAGCAGCGGUCGGCGGUUCCCGGUCGAGCGCGCGCGUUUCUACGCUGCUGAACUCGCGAUUGCUCUUUCGUAUUUGCACGCGCACGGUAUUAUAUACCGCGAUCUGAAACCUGACAACAUCAUGCUUGACAAGACGGGAAACAUUCGUCUGGUGGACUUUGGGAUCUCCAAGCAGCUACGCCUCGAAGGAGAGCCGGGGAGCCACAAUUACUCACAGGCAGGGACGCUGGCUGGGUCGCCUGCGUACAUUGCUCCGGAGCAACUGCUUACCCAGAAGCCGCAGUAUGGCAUGGAAGCAGAUUGGUGGAGCUACGGUGUACUGCUGUAUGAAAUGCUGACCGGCGGCACUCCGUUUUUUGAUGCGAACAUCUCGCAAAUGUACAAGAAGAUCCAGACGGCGGACGUCAAGUACGAGAAGUACCCACCCAUCGACGAAGAUGCCAUUGAUUUGCUUCAGAAGUUGCUGGUUCGUGAUCCGUCAGAGCGCAUUAGUAUCAACGGGGUGCGCACACACCCGUUCUUUGCAACGAUCAAUUGGGAGCAGCUGGAGCUCAAGGAGGUGGAGCCACCUUUCAUCCCGCCGACGGAAGAGCUGAUGCAGAAUGUGCACGAGCACUUUCGCAACAUGAAUGUGACCGACACGAUUGGCGAGAAUCCCAAGGCUAUCAAUAGCCGAAAGGCAACGACGGUCACGAAUGCCAACGAUGGGUCGCACUUUGACGAGUUUAGUUUCGCUUAUGACAGAACUCGCGAAACAUUCGACGAUCUCUCCAUGGCGGACGAGGGAUGGUUGGUGCGACAGCUGCAAGAAGGCGCGGCAAUGCGCGGGCGACUGAAUGCUAGCGAUACCGACCCCGUUGCCGACGAGUUGGGCAGCGAAGACGAGAUUGUCCACCCGAUGCUGAACGGUCAGGAUAGCAGCGAGAGCGACGAACCGGACGUUGAAGCUACCACCAUUUAA